UUUGACAGUACAGACGUCGAGAGGAAGUAAUUGAACCGUAUAUCGUGGGGGUGAUAGCGGAGACACGAAGAGAGCAGUGCGAACAGGGCUUUGAAGAAUCCACAUUUGGUUGGAAAGCUUGUAAGAGGAAAACACAGAUCUGUUCUGGAUAUUGCAGGUGUGUGAGAUGCAAGAUGACGAACCAUAGAAGAACCUGAGCUGCGAGUGAUCUCAGGGUCCCAACAGAAGUAAGCAAGUAAAAAAGUAAUGAGAUUGUAAGAGUUUGUCAUAUGCUGAAGAUGUUAAAAGAAUGGAGAUAAAUGGAGCCGAUCAGAAUAUCAGCGUGAUCAAGAAAGGAUUUUUGACAUUUAUUGCCCUUGUGUUGUUGAAUUAGAAGAGAAGUCAGAAAGGAUUAAGAUGGUGAACGCUGGAGCAGCUCGACAUUGAGGGGGAGAUUAGCACCCACUCAGACAGAUGGGUUAUAUUAGAUAGUAUUGUGCAUGUGAUUACUUUUGGUGGACACUGUAGUUUCCACUGUGAAACUGCUGCAACCUAUCGGAUGGCGGAAAUGCUCUUCAUGUGGAUGCCAAUCGGCACAAAACUCAACAGAAGAAGACCUGUGGAGGGCAGCAACACGCCUGUGCUACGUGGAGUGUGCCGCAAAUUCAUCAUCACCAGAAGAAGAAAACGACCCAAACAAUCGUCACGAGCCAAAGAUCAGCCAAUCAGAUGAGCGGAAGUUUAACGUUGCGGUAAUCCGGUUCCUGCAGGCUGUAGAAACUACACUCUGUCUUAGCACCGAGCUGGACGUGUGUGCAUAAUGCCAUGGUGGACUCCCGUUUGUUGCGAAGAGAAGCUUUCGUGCGGCGGGAGGAUCGCUCCUUUGCAAGCUAGUUUGGCCCGUCGGUGAGCGGUGAUGUUGCGCUCGGGGCCGGGCGAGCAGCGAGGAGCCUGACGCGUCGAGCCUUUCAGCUGAGCCCGGAGGAGCAAGACACGCAGAUGGGAGCGAGUUUAGCCCCUCGAAGGCUCUGGUAAUAACCGGGUACCUGGACACACAGCUAGCCUGCCCCGAGCUGCCGCACCAAUUCCUGCUGGAAGCGAGACCCAACCAGCCUUCACGGUGGAAACGAGAAGAAGAGCAAAGAUGAAUGCCGUGCGGGGGGGCACAGUCACCUGGCGUCCCCAGCCGUGGCAGGACGGGGACGGGGGAGGAGGAGAGCCUCUGUCGGACAGCGACUCAGAGGAGGAGGACUUCCCCGAUGACAGCACCACACCGCUGGGAGACUACAUCACGCAUGGACUGAAGCAGCUCCUGGACGCUCAGCAGCUGUGCGAUGUUACUCUACUUGUUGAGGGAAAGAAGUUCAUGUGUCACAGAGUCCUCUUGGCGGCCGUGAGCCCGUACUUUCGGGCCAUGUUCACCAGCCCCCUGGUUGAGUCCCGCCUCACUGAGAUCCGACUGGAGGAAGUGACGCCGUCUGUCAUGGAGACUGUCAUCCAGUUUGUUUACACCGGUGAGGCGGGGCUCUCUCUGGACACAGCUGAGGAUCUGUUUGUGGCUGCCAACCGCCUUCAGGUCAUGCCCCUUCAAGACCUGUGCUCCAGGUUUCUCUUUGAGCACCUCUCAGUGGAUAACUGCCUGGGGAUGUACUCUCUGGCUCGCUCUCACCAUGACCAGCUGCUGCUGCGUGCCUCAUUGCGACUCGUAGCUCAGCACUUCCCCCGGGUGGCCCGGCAGAAAGAUUUCCUCCUGCUGGACCACGGCACUUUAGGCAGCCUCCUGAGCUCUGACCGCCUCGGGGUGGACUCCGAAGCAGAGGUUUACGACGCGGCCCGCCGAUGGGCAGAGCACCAACCCUUGGAUCGCUACGCCCACAUGCCGGCGCUGCUUCACCACCUGCGGCCGGGGCUGCUGUCCCAGGAAGAAAGCCGAAGACUGAGCCAGGAGCUGGGGCCCGCCGCAGCUGGUGAAGGCCUCGGGGGACCUUUGAGACCACGGGAGGGCAUGUUUGAGAAAAAGAUCGUCUGUGUGGACCUGACACCUCGGGAAGAUGAGAAUUUAGCUCCAAGAGACUACACAGUGGACUGCUUUGAUCCUCGGACAGGGAAGUGGGAGAAGUUAGCAGCGCUGGGUUCACUGGUCAGUCCAGGUUGUACGGCUGUCGGUGACCGGCUGUUUGUAGCAGGGGGGAUCCUGCGGACAGGCUCUGUGUCUGCAGCCGUCCAUGAAUAUGAUGCAGUGUUGGACCGCUGGAUAGAGCGGCCCUCGAUGGUCCAGCCCCGCGCUAUGCUGGGUCUGCUGGGCUGUGGAGAGUCACUCUAUGCAUUGGGUGGUAGCAACCGCUCAGCUCUGCUGGACUCCAGUGAGACCUUAGAGCUGAGUACACUUCAGUGGGCUGCGGGUCCUCGGUUACCCCUCCCUCUGCGCGCCUUCGCUUGUGCAGCGUUACGUGGGCGGCUUUACCUUCUGGGGGGAACCACACUUGAACAGAACCGGGCUGUGGUCCACUCGGGGGUGCUUAUUUAUCACACCCUAACAGACUGCUGGACACGUGUGGCUCUGGACUCUGGCGCCACCUGCCUCGCCGGAGGAGUAGCCGUGCGUGGAGGAGUCUGCGCCAUUGGGGGAUACAUGAGGGAUACCACCAAGUUCCUGGAUGGAAACUACACCAACCUGGAGACUUUAGACGCCACUGGGCGUGUACUGUUUUUCAGAGAGGGCAGGGGCUCCGGAGUAGAGAGGGAGGUGACUGGGGGAGGGGUGAUGGUCACCGCAGAGCAGCGGGGGGGUGCCGGUGGAGGAAGCGACCGAGCCCCAAGCCCUGUGGUGUUUCCUGGGCUGCCGCGGCGGAUUGCAGCUGGCGGUGUGGCCAGGUGGAAACGCAGGAUUUAUGUGUUGGGUGGGGAAAACGGCUCACGGUUCUAUGACAGCGUUUACUGCUGGAAGCCUGGCUGGCGCAGCUGGGUCCAGAGACGAGAGAAACUGCCUGGAGACACUGGAGGGGUGAGCCAGUUUGGGUGCACCACUUUAAAGUUCCCUAAGAAACACAUCCUGUCCAGACUUAGACUAGCCAAAGAAAACUGCAAGAAGGCAGCUGACUAGCUUGAUAGGGACCAGCACGACUGAAGUCGAGGCAGCCGUUCAUGUGACACAGAGACAAGCUGAGUUUGACUUUACUCGAUGUUAUGAAAUGCUGGUGUUGAGAUGAAGUCACGCAGAAGAGACCAUUUUAUACAGUCUGAGUGCAGCCACAGAGUAGGUCUACAAUGGACUGGAUGCAAACAGCUCUUAUUAGGAAUAGUGAAAUGUACAGGCAGAGAGCAAGUGGAGCCAGAAACCGGUCAAAAGUCAGGUAACAUGCACCUGAAUGUAGCCUAAUCUAGGGCCCUAUGAUUUCCGCGCUGCAGACAACAGAGCGUUGGGAUUUGAUAAUAAAAAUGAAAUCAACUGUAAGACACAAAAUAUUGCAGAAAUUUUCAAAACGUGGAUGCAGUUCAUAAAAAUCAGUGUUUUCUCUAAUUAUUUCCCUGUCAAUAUAAGACUUUUUCACUGCGCCUAAGCCGAAGGAACAGAAUAGACUAUGCUGCUAUGUUUUGGUGUUGUGCACGCGCGGGCACACACACAGUCAUGUGAAAGAAGCCCUCUGAAACAAAGGCACCGCACCAGCAACAGCUCACCACUUCAACAAACUCGUGCUACAUCUGCCGAUGUGGUCGCACUUCUGAGAGUUUGUUGAAGACUUGGUGGCUGUAUGUGCGGAGUCAGAUAUUCUGUUGGAAAAAAUGAAAAAGCUAUGUCCCUUUCUGGCCAAGCGUUGUAAAGAAGGAGCAAAGAUCAUGCCUGAUCAUGAGAGUAACCUCCCCCAGACCCACUUACCCCGUGUGUCUGAGCUGCAUAUGGAGGCCGUCCUGCAGAAAAUCCGUUCGAAAAGUGUCACAUCAAAUUGAUUGAUAUGCAUUGCAUUUUCUUACUGAGUUGUUGAAAUUUUAUUUAUCUACUGGAUGAUUGGAUGGAUGACAAAACGUUUUUAAGUCAUCAAACACAGGAUUAAAACAAAAAAGACCAGAAAACUUAAAACCGAAGACACAAAAUUUGAGACGGAAUCAGGAAAAAAGAAAGCGGAUUUCAUAGGGCCAUCCCUACUCCACUUUUUGUCCGAACAGUUAAGUCCUCUGAGAGGGAAAAGGGCCUUUUAAUUGUUUUCGUAAAGUGUAAUGUUAUUUUCGGUGUUUUGCUGGUGUAAUAUUUUAAGGCUGUUUGGAAACAUUUCAAUGCUGUGAAUAUUUUCAGCAGCGUUGAGUUUAGACCCAAGGAUACAGACACAUUUCUGACCACCCUACGUUCCACUUUCUUUGCCUAAACCUUAUUUUUGUGACUAUUGUAGGAGUCUGAAGCCCUUUGAAACUGCACUUAAAUGCACAGCAUGUAACUUCUGCUGCUAGGGGGCUCCAGUGAAAGCAAUGAAAGCAAAAGACGAAGUUUGCUGACUUCGUGAAGUAGCGUGGGAUCGUGUUGUUAAACAACCACUCCUGCAGAUGAAAACCCAUCUGACGUGACUCAGGCUGAAAUGCAGUGAAGUUUUACUCGUGAACUUCCUUCCACACUCUGACAUAUCAGCUGAUGGUUGUCAUGUUUCAGUCAUAGCAACCAGAGAUGGUAAAGGGGAUAUGGGUAUAUACCUUGGGUUUGAACAUUGGAAGCAUUUGGGAUAAUGUUAGUACACUGCAGAAUAAAAGGCAGUAUAUAACAUAGUUAUAGUCAUUUUCAAUGCUAAAAUGUUACGUUACAGGCUGUGCAAAUAAACUUGAAUGGAAACGUAUCAUAGGAAACACAUAAAACUACUUGCAUCAGACAGUCUUUAAUUGUGCCCACAUUUUUUUUUUGUUGAUAACGAAGAGGUGAAUGUCCUGUACUGGUCUCUCAUCUCAGUGGAGGACAUCAGUCAAAUCCUCAGAACCGCUGAGAACCUCAGUGUGUUCUUGGCACGUCAGCGGCAUCAGGAUAGUCUGACCUGCCUGUCCCAAGACACUGCACGGCUCUGGCAGAUCUGUGUUCAUCUCACUGCACAGGCAGCCAGAUCCUCCCAGUUCAUCCCAAACAUGGCAGCCCAGUUGUUAAACACAGACCACAAAGCUUUACUCGGAGGAAGCUGUGCUUAUGUUCUGUGGCUUUAAAUGCACCUUUGAAGGUCCUGCCUCAAACAAGUGGAACAUAGCAGGUGGGGAAAUGUGCAGACAGGGCUGGAUAAUAUGCAAAAAAUCUGAAAUGAUUGCAAGAACACAAUCUUCCAUAGUAAUAUAUGUGACAGUGAGUGCUUUAAGUCGAGGAAAUCCAUUUGUCGUUGGAUUUGGAAGAUGUUCAUGACAGUGAGUUGCAAAGAAAAUCUUAAACUGUCCUUUUCUGUGAGCAUUCGUUUGUACUUGUACAGAAGGCAAAUGUACGAGGGUGUCGUACGGCCCUUUGUGAGGGUCACCUGCAGUAUCCUUGUGUCUAGACCAGUGCUCUGUCCAGCACCUUUCCUAAAUCUGAGCUGAGGCCAGGUCAACAGUUGUCUUUACUUGAUUCAGCAGCCGUGUCAAAAUUGCUUUUUUUGUUUCAGUCACGCCAAACCACAGGACUUGUGAAUGUGUUCAGCAUGGAGGUUUUGGAUUAUCUGAACACAUUAGCACUGCACCUAAUUUAUUGAAAUGUAUUUUAAAGGUUUGUGUUGUUGUUUUGAAAUGGUAACUUUGGCUCUGACCGCAGUGUCCGGGCUUCCUGUACUACAGGAUGGCACUAAGCUCAGACAAACCUGUCAAACAGGAGCAGAUGUGCUUUGAUCUGAUGGGGACUGAGGGCUUUAAAGUAACUUAAUCCUUAAAUUGUGAUUUUAUGAAAGGUCAGAAAGUUUGCCCAGAAAUGUAAGCACCUUGUCUUGCUGUAAGCCACUAUGUCUUCUUUGACCUUCUUUCCUUUGUUUUCCUCUCUUAUUGAUCAAAUCCAGAUACGUCUGUGGGAGAUAUGUGCAUAUGAAAAAGCCUGCCAGCUGUGACUGAAAACGGCAGAAUUCUACCAGCGUUGUUAUCAUGUUGCAAAAACAGUCAGAAAAUAUGAACUUGUGGUCAUAUUAGAAUUGUUUAGGACUCCUGCCAUCACAGAAUCUGCAGUUAAUCAUGUUGGAUGUUUGGGAUUUUUGCCAUUAUGGAGGCACUCUAAUCCACGAAGCUGAAGGCUUAAUGUCAGAUACGGAGAGAAACACUGAAAGAUUGCUCUGACAUUAACAUGAACGGGUUUCAAAUUAUAAAACGCAGCAGGGCGUUAAUUCACUGAGAACUCGUUACUGCCAGAUAUGAGCUUUCACAUGCAACUUUAGAUUGGUGAGCAGUUGACAGUUGACAGUUCAGAUACUGUAAAUACAUUAGCAGCCUAAAACGGGGAAUUCAAAGAGCCAAACCACCCUCCCAUCUUGAACUUUCCAUAGUGUUACGGUGACUCAGUCUCCCUCGAGAGCAGAGUGGUGGAACUUCCCCAAUUUCCCAGCUACAGUAACAGCAGAUGUUUAACACCACCGUCAAGUUAUUUCUAGCAGGCAGCAGAACUCCCCCAGUGACACAGCUACCAAUUAACAGCUUGAUUAUAACACUGUGAUCUCUAAUCUUCAAAUUAAGUCGUAACAUAUUAUGCAUCGCAUACUUUUAGUCCUCUAUAUGUAAUUAGCACGUAAAAUGUUUUUUAGACAUCUUCCAGGAUCUCUUUUCAUCACCCAACUCCCGAAAAUGAGAUUCUUGAUCAGUGGUGUUGUAUUGAUCUGUCAUCAUUGGUGCUCUUUCCUGCCUGCGGCUCUGCCAGAGUCAUCGGCAGAUACAGCAGGGAUGAGUCGGGGUUAGCUGGAGGGGUCCUCUGCUCUCCUUCUGCUGGCUCAAAGAAGGCGAUUGGGGCAUGGCAGUUAUUUAAAAGGAUGUGACUGAAGUCCUGGGGAGUAAUACUAAUAGUCAGAGGGAUGGCUCAGAUGUUUGGGCUCAUCUGAUGCUGCGAGAAUUCGUACCUGUUGAGCAUGAGCCAAAAAUGCAUUCAAAGCAUAAGGAGCAAAAAAUCCUUAAUCGGCUCUUGAACUGAAUUUCAGUAGUAUAUGCACUAGUCAAACACACAACUAGUUUUUUUUGUCAUUUUAGUUGGUUAAGAGGUGUGAGCUUCAGUUUGUGUUUCUAGAAAAACUCACGUCCAACUUGUCCGUUUCAAACAACACGCUCUGAAUUUUCACUGUGAAAUGUCAGAUGGAUUGAUUUUCUUUUCCUCCGUGUGCUUACAGCUUGUAUGACAUGUGAAAAGUGACUGAGUGCGCAUGCAUGCUUUCCGUGCCGAGGCGCGAGUCUGUCCAGCGCGCGUCCUCUGCGCAUACGCACACCCACACACUGUGUGUCCAUUCAGAGAAGUGAAGCUGCCCUCAUUUGUACAAUCUAAUGAAGUUUGUGAACUGAAAGGCAAAUGGAUGUCUUUGAUGAAAGCAGUGCUCUCAACUGAUUAAAGGACUA